AUGGCGGGGCACCUGCACCGCCUUCUGUUGCUCGCGGUGGCGGUCUGCUUCGCCGCCACCUUGGUUGCGGCCGAUGGAAAGUCUUACUACUACAAUUCGCCACCCCCACCGUACCGUUACAAGUCUCCCCCUCCUCCUUCACCGUCGCCUCCUCCUCCAUAUCAUUACAAGUCACCGCCUCCACCAUCGCCGUCGCCUCCUCCCCCUUAUCUCUAUAAGUCGCCUCCGCCACCGUCUCCCUCGCCUCCGCCGCCGUACCAUUACAAAUCGCCGCCGCCUCCUUCGCCAUCACCUCCUCCUCCGUAUCUCUACAAGUCUCCACCGCCACCAUCACCCUCUCCUCCUCCACCAUACCGCUACAAGUCUCCCCCACCACCUUCACCAUCACCGCCGCCUCCCUACAAGUACAAGUCCCCACCGCCACCAUCACCCUCUCCUUCUCCACCAUACCGCUACAAGUCUCCCCCGCCACCUUCACCAUCGCCGCCGCCUCCCUACAAGUACAAGUCCCCACCGCCACCAUCACCGUCUCCUCCUCCACCAUACCGCUACAAGUCUCCCCCGCCACCUUCACCAUCGCCGCCGCCUCCCUACAAGUACAAGUCCCCACCGCCACCAUCACCCUCUCCUCCUCCACCAUACCGCUACAAGUCUCCCCCACCACCUUCACCAUCGCCGCCGCCUCCCUACAAGUACAAGUCUCCGCCGCCACCAUCACCCUCUCCUCCUCCACCAUACCGUUACAAGUCUCCCCCGCCACCUUCACCAUCGCCGCCGCCUCCCUACAAGUACACGUCCCCACCGCCACUAUCGCCGUCUCCUCCGCCGAAGUACUACUACAAGUCCCCACCGCCGCCGUCGCCAUCUCCCCCGCCGAAGUACUACUACAAAUCGCCGCCACCUCCAAAGUACUGA